GCUAGAACGCCCUACUGCGCAUGCCUGCCGGCUCCCCAGCGGAGGCUGGGUACAGUGCGCAUGCUCACGCCGGGGUCAAAGGGUCAGCGUCUUUGACUGGCUGAGGGGAAGACGCCGGGCGGUAAAUGGCGCUGUAGGCGGGAAGAUUGAGUGGCUGGUGCGCCGAGCCUCCGGGGAGAUGUGUAGUGACUUCCAUAGGGCUGAAUCUGGGACGGAGCUCCUUGCCCGACUGGAAGGUAGAAGUUCCUUGAAAGAGAUAGAACCACAUCUGUUUGCUGAUGAAGAGUCACCUGUGCAUGGUGAUGUUCUUGAAUUUCAUGGUCCAGAAGGAACAGGAAAAACAGAAAUGCUUUAUCAUCUGACAGCACGGUGUAUACUUCCAAAAGCGGAAGGUGGACUGGAAGUAGAAGUUGUGUUUAUUGAUACAGAUUACCACUUUGAUAUGCUCCGGCUUGUUACGGUCCUUGAGCGUAGACUGGCGCAGAGCUCUGAAGAGAUGAUAAAACACUGCCUUGGGCGACUGUUUCUGGUGUACUGCAGCAGUAGCAGCCAGUUACUCCUCACCCUGUGCUCGCUGGAAGCGAUGCUCUGUAGUCAUCCCUCGGUCUGCCUUUUGAUUUUGGAUAGCCUUUCAGCUUUUUAUUGGAUAGACCGCGUCAACGGAGGAGAAAGUGUUAACUUGCAGGAGUCUACUCUGAGGAAGUGUUCUCAACUCUUGGAGAAGCUUGUAAACGAGUAUCGGUUGGUUCUCUUUGCAACAACACAAAGUAUAAUGCAGAAAGCCUCAAACCCGGAGGAAGGGCCUUCCUGUGCCCGUCAUUGCCUGAGUGACGUGGAUGUGGACUAUAGGCCCUAUCUCUGUAAGGCGUGGCAGCGGGUGGUGAAGCACAGACUACUCUUCUCCAAGCAAAAUGACUCGAAAGCCGGCAACCAGUUUUCUUUAGUUUCACGUCAUUUAAAAAGUAACAAUGUAAAAAAACACUUUUUUACUAUUGGAGAAAGUGGUGUUGAGUUUUGUUGAUAUGUAUCAUAAAACAGUCUUUUGUCAGAUGUUAUGCAAGUUUUAAAAAGUGUUUAAUGGACUAAAAUGAUUUGAUUCUAAAAUUUUAAACUCUAAGGGAAUCUAACAUAACCACGUUUCUACACAGAAUGGAGUUCUUAAACUGGAACCUUAGACUGUUCUGUUCCUGGGUUGUUGAAGAUUAUUCAGAGUGGUAACAAUAACAGUUAAACUAUAUUAAGUUGUUUUAAAACUAAAUAAAUAAGAUACACAUUUCAGUCCCAAUAAAAUGGAGUUUUCUAA